AUGCUCCCUGUUUUUACUGGGAACAACAGCUCAGUCGGAUAUGGCGCCCAGCUCGAAAUCUGAAAAGGACGACAACAAACUGAAAUCGCAAAAGAAACACAAGGACAAUGUCGUAAAGGUUCUAAUGCGUGGAAAGCUGUCUGGACAGUUUUCUCAGCGCCUUGUCAGGAAGCUGCUUCCUCGGGUUUGUGUCCCAUUGAAGAGCAUCGUCAGCGAGGAGUUUCUCAGGGCGGGGCACAUCUUCCUUGGCUUCACCAAAUGCGGCCGCUACGUUCUUUCUUACACCAUUGACUAUGGAGAAGACAACGAUUUCUUAUUUCACACCUAUCACCUCUAUUGGUGGGAGUUCAACCUGCACAGUAGACUAAAACAGGUACAUCAUGUACGGCUCUUUGCAGGAGAGGACAUUUACAGCGAUCUGUACCUCACUGUGUGCGAAUGGCCAAAUGACCACUCUAAAAUUGUCAUCUUUGGUUUCAAUACUCGCAGUUCUAGUUCUGUGAUGAUGAACUCGUUGAUGAAUUUGAUGAUGAGUGAUGAUAACAACAGGGAUAUCUACAUCACAAUAGCUUCCAUGCCUCUGUCCAAACCUUGCUCAAACUGCUGUCCAGCUCCUAUGGGCUCAACCAUGCGCACAGGAAGUGGUGAGUGUCUUGAACAUGGAUAUGUGCUCAACAGCAGAUACCAGGUGGUGUACCCAUUCCCCACCUUUCAGCCCGCAUUCCAGCUGAAGAAGGACCAGGUCAUCCUGUUAAACACUAGCUACUCUCUGGUGGCCUGCGGCUUCUCACUCUGUUCAGAAAAACAAGGCCAGUCAUCACAGAUCCUUUACACAAAGGGAGCCGUCCAGUCAACUCCAGCUGUACCAUCACCCUCCUCAGCAUCCUUGGAUGUCACAUCUUCAGAAAGCAGGCAUUUUGCUUGCAGGACCUCUCCAGUUCCCUCAUCGCCUAGCCAUUCACAGGCAGCAAUGAGAGCCCGGGAGUUUGCUGCUGAUAUUUUCAGGCGAGCCCAGGGAGGAGCAGCAGCAACAACAACAAGCAAAGACAAAACUUCAAGAGUGGAGGAGGAUUGUAAGGACAGGAAAGCUGAAAAUAGAAGGACUAGUUCACAGGAGGCAUCCACAUCACGUGGAAGCCCUAAUUUAGCGUUUUGUCCUGCCUCUCCUCCAUCAUCGCUUCCAUCAACUUCAACCUCGUCCUCAUGCCAGGAUGCUGGCUCCAGCGAACCCGGAUAUGUCAACUACUCACGUCUUCACUACCGCUUAAAGCAGCAGGGGGCAGCAGAGCAAAAUUCAGGAAGUGCAGGAGGUUAUGAGGAUGAUAAAGUCCAGCUGCCUUUCACUGUUACAGAUCUGAAAGGAAGAAACCUGCAGCUGGUCACCGGACCACACAAUGGACAGAGUGUUUGUGUAGAACAGCUGACUCUGGAUUUCGAGUAUCUCAUCAAUGAAGUGAUCAAGAACGAUGCUGCCUGGGCUCCACAGUUCUGCUCCUUCAGUGAUUACGAUGUUGUGAUUCUUGAGGUUUGCCCAGAGACCAAUACUGUGAUUAUCAACAUUAGUCUGCUGCUGUUGGCCUUCUCUGUCUCAGAUGAGGAUCACUGCAGGCGAAACACAUACCACUCUUUUCUGCAGGUUAGCUGGAACCUUGACACAGGUGUGUGUUGCACUGUGGGUGUUGGAGACCUAACUGAAGUUAAGGGUCAGACCAGUGGAACUGUGUGGAACUCCUACAGAAGGUGCUGUGUGAACACAAUGAUGAAGUGGUUGGUUCCUGAGAACAGCUCCCGCUACAUUAACCGCAUGACCAACGAAGCUCUACACAAAGGUUCAUCUCUGCAAGUGUUGGCAGACAGCGACCGAUGUACCUGGAUUGUGCUAUGAAGGGAAAGUUAAAAGGAACAAGCAGGUCUAACUUGGAGAAACUUCAUGAAGACAUGUCCUCGUCUUCAGCAACAAGCUCAGCUCAGAGCAGCGCUCUAUUUUUGAGAGGUUUUAAGUUGAAAGUGUCAUCAAAACUAAACAAAAACAUUUCUGCUGCAGAUGGUUUUGCCUGUGUAUGUAUUCAUAGUUCUUUUGUAAGUCUUUAAUAUUACAGGCACCAAAAGCCAGAGCUGGACUGAACAAAGAGUUUUUUUAGUUUUUUUUUUUUAUACACAGCAAGGUAUACUGUUAAUGCGUAACUGACUCUACCUUUGUUAAUGUUGAUUUUUGUGUAAAUUGAUGCAUUUAGCUGCUUAAGAACGGUUUCCUCUUGGUUUGCAGUGGAUCAGUCCACUGAUCUGUUGGGCCGCAGUAUUUUAGAAGAGAGCCUCCUCCGUUCUGUUUUUUCUUUUGUUUUUUUACGAUGGUCAUUUUCAUGUGGGAAAAGACUGUCCAAAUGGAAUAUUUUAUGAAGUAAAAUGUAUGGAUUUAA